CAUGGCCAUCGCCCAGCCCCCGCUUCCGCUCCGUGCUCUGGGAGUGCAGGCUCCUCCUCUCAGCGCUGUUGCACCAGCAGCUUCCUGCAGCCCCACCCUGAGCCCGCCACAGACUUUGUAUUAAACGUGUUCAUUAAACUCCUAGGGUUCAUUCCAGCGCCCAAGGGAUGGGAUUUCUCCAAAGGCUGGGACUAGCCCUGUGGGGCAGCCCCGGUCUCCUCCGACCUCAGCUCUUGAGCCAGUCACUCCAGGUAGUUAUUUAAACCAAGCUCCUAGGAAGAUGAAGUCUUUUUCCAUCUCCCAUGUCAUGUUGUGUUCACCUCUGCCUUGUUACAUAAUUUUCUUCAUUGCUCUCCAUGUUCACAAGUUGGAUUCAGUGAAUUUCAAAGUCAAUGGACCUGAUCACCCCAUCACAGCCAUUGCUGGUAAGGAAAUUGUGUUAUCCUGUCACCUUUUGCCCAGGAUGAGUGCAGAAAACAUGGAGGUGAGAUGGUACCGGACUCAGUUCCUUGAAGUUAUACAUCUAUAUCAGGAUGGAGUAGAUCACUAUGAAAAGCAGAUACCAGCAUAUCAGGGAAGGACAGAGCUUCUGAGAGAUGGUAUUGCCGAUGGAAACAUUGCAUUGAGAAUAUACAGAAUCACACCCGCUGAUGAAGGACACUACACCUGUUUCAUCCAGUCAAGGACAUUUAAUGGAGAAGCUAUGUUGGAGCUCAAAGUAGCAGGUUUUGGUUCUGACCCUCGCAUUUCAAUUGAGGGUUACCAGGACAGAGGGAUCCGGGUGGUAUGUGAAACUGCUGGAUGGUACCCUGAGCCUGAGGCACAAUGGAGAGAUCAAAAUGGGCAGCUCUUAGCAUCAUCUUCUGAAACAAAAUCCAAAGAUGCCAAUGGUCUGUUUCAAAUGCAAAUUUCCAUUGUUACAACAGAAAAUUCCAACAGAGACCUGUCCUGUUUUGUCAGGAACCCCCGCCUCAACCAGGAGAAAGAGUCAACGAUUUACAUAACAGAUGUGUUUUUCCCGAGGGUCUCUCCCUGGAUGGUGGCUGUGUGUGUAAUUCUGGCUCUUUUGGGUUUUCUCAUUUUCCCAGCCAUUUACUACUUUUGGAAGAAACACAAAGCAAAAGGGGAACUCCUGGCUGAACUUCGGUGGAGUAAUGUCAGACAAUAUGCAGUGGAUGUGACUCUGGAUCCAGACACAGCUUAUCCUCACCUCGUCCUGUCCGAGAAUCAGAAAAGUGUGGAAUGGAGACCUCAACAUCGGGAUGUACAUGACUGCCCCAAGAGAUUUGACUGUGUAACCUGUGUGCUGGCCUAUGAGGGCUUCACCUCAGGGAGACAUUACUGGGAGAUAGAUGUAGGGGAUGGGACAACUUGGGGUGUGGGAGUAGCCAGAGAGACUGUGAGCAGGAAGGGAUGGAUCCGCUUUAGCCCUCAGGAGGGGGUCUGGGCUGUGGAAGAGUGCAGGGGCCAAUACCGAGCCCUCACCCCUAUUGAGAGCCCCCUGUCCCUGAGUAAGAGCAUCAGGAAAAUUGGGAUUUACCUGGACUAUGAAGGGGGGCGAGUAGCAUUCUAUGAUCUGGUUAGAGAGGACCCGUUCUUCACUUUCACCGCCCAUUUCACUGAGAAAAUAUUUCCUUUCUUCAUGGUGUAUUCUCAGCUCACAGUGUGUUCCUGGGGGACUGGGGAAUGAUUUGCCUCCCAUUGGUGUCUGAGCUCUAGCCUCACACUGCUAAGUCUCUGGGGGAUUAUCUGUUCCUCAGCAGGUACAGAUUCUCUGUCUCCAGGGAGGAAAGUUAGGGCGUGUCCACACUGGCAGAGUUACAGCACCUUUGUCUGUGACAAAGUGGGAAUGUUCAUAAUGUUUUCUCUGAAUACUGUGUGGGUGCCUCAAUUUCCCCGAUUCAGUUCUUAAGUAUCUAGGUGGCAGGAGACGGGGGUGUGAUUGUUGCAGAGCCCUAGAGGGCGGAUGUGAUGCUGUCUGGACAGAAAAUGGCCAACUCUGUCUCCUGGCAACUAAUGACCUGGGCCCCUCCUCUACAAAGGUGCCAGCUGAAGGUGUUUUGCUGGCUGGCUAAGAGUCACGUCUGACUGCGAAGUUGGGGUGCAGGACCCUCUGG